CUCCAUUUCUUCCUCCAACUCAAAUAACCCAAUAAUACAUAUAGUCCCCAGCCCAGCCUGCUCCAUCCGAAGGCCCAACCCCGCUCGCGCCAGAUCCCCCCAAACCCAAUCGAUCCCCAUCGAUCACCGCGCUCCCCCCGGCGCCGCCGCGGCGAGAGGUAGGGUUUGCUCGACGACGCGAGGGGGAGCGACCACCGCCCGCGACCCGAUAGGAGGGAUGGCGGCGGCCGAGGGCGAGAAGAAGAUGACCAGUUUUAUCGCGAAGAGCUCCGGCGCCGAGGAGUUCGAGGCGGGGGCCAUCCGCCGCGCGAUCGAGGACGACUGCGACGACGACGACAGCGGCAUCCUGCCCCCCGACGUCCUCUCCGGCGAGGGCCUCGAUAACCGCGACGCCGGCUUCCCGCCUUCACAAAGAAGCGCCUCCAAGAUCACGGGAGAUCGCGCGGCGGUGAACCCGGCAGCCGCUGAUCCACCAAUGCCCGUUCCAGGGUUGCACCAUCAUCCUAACAUCCCCGCUGCAAACCGCCAGCUCCCUCCUGCCGCUAGACUACUGAUCAACUGUGGCAUCUUCCUCGUCGCCACUGCCGGGUCCUCCAUAGUUUUCCACACUGCUGGAGACCCUUCCGCCAUCGACGGUCCUGCAUAUGCCCUUGUUGCAUUCUUCUUCGUCCUCCUCGGCUUGUGGUUUGUGCUGCUUGGACCCGUCGCCGGCCAGUUCCCUGGAGCCACGAGGGUCGCCGUUGCCAUUGCGAAAGCGCUCAAGGGUUACCUGCUCGGCGGCGGCAAUUGAUCAAAUAUUUGAUUCAUUCUUUAUAUAGGUAUAGCUUUGCUAGCUCACAGUAGUUUUCUGUUUGUUUGUAUGUCGUGUCUAUAGGCGUUGUAGCCCAUAAACUCACUGUAAAGUGUGAAGUGUAUAUACGUGUUCUUGUAAGGCCCUGUUUCUUUCAGCUUAGGAUUAUUAUAAUCUAGAUUAUUGAGUUAGAUUACUA